AUGGCUGCGAGCGCGGCGACUCGGGUGUCGGAGCGCAUCAAGCACGACCACGACGAGCUGCGGGAGUACUACAACAACAUCAAGAACGCGCAGCGCGACGACGACAAGGUCAAGUGGCAGAACCAGUUCGUAUGGGAGCUCGCGCGGCAUUCGGUGGCCGAGGAGAUCGUCGUGUACCCGGCGUUCGAGAAGCACAUCCCCAACGGCAUGGUCAUGGCCGAGAAGGACCGGUCUGAACACCAGCAGGUCAAAGAAAAGCUCCACACAUUCCAAUCCCUCGCCCCCACCGACCCGACCUUCCACUCCACGAUCGACUCGCUCUGGGAGGCACUCGCGCAGCACAUGCAGGAGGAGGAGCGGGACGACCUGCCGGCGCUGGAGCAGGCGCUCGACGACGAGGCGUCGGGCCAGCUGGCGCGCAGCUUCGACCGCACCAAGCACUUCGUGCCGACGCGCAGCCACCCGUCCGCGCCGGACCGGCCGCCGUACGAGACGGCCGUGGGCAUGCUGGCCACGCCGUUGGACAAGCUGCGGGAUAUGUUUCGGAGGUUUCCGGAGGGGAAGCCAGGGGCCAAUUAUCUGAAGGCUUUUUAA